AGAGCGGAAGUUGCCAUUGUUGAUAUGGUUUCUCACAUGUAAGUCAAACCAGUCAAUUCAUUUGCAGUUUAUUGGAAAAUAUAAGGUGAACGACGCUGCGACUAAAACGAUGACAGCUCAAUACAGCAUUAUAUUUAAGCAAGAACGUGCACAUGAUGAUGCCAUCUGGACAGCAGCCUGGGGAAAAAGUGAGGCAGACGGGUCAGAAACCAUUGUUACUGGUUCUCUCGACGACACGGUGAAAGUCUGGAAGUGGACAGACGAAAAGCUGGAGUUGCAAUGGACUUUGGAGGGUCACCAGCUUGGUGUCGUGUCAGUGGACAUUAGUCAGAAUGGAGCCAUUGCAGCAUCUAGCUCUCUCAACGCUCACAUCCGCCUUUGGGACCUGGAGUCAGGGAAGCAGAUCAAGUCCAUGGAUGCUGGCCCCGUGGACGCUUGGACGGUGGCCUUCUCUCCCGACUCUAAACACAUCGCAACUGGAAGCCACCUGGGCAAAGUCAACAUCUUUGGCGUGGAGAGUGGCAAGAAGGAAUAUUCUCUAGACACGCGAGGAAAGUUCAUCCUCAGCAUUGCUUACAGUCCUGAUGGGAAGUACCUCGCCAGUGGGGCCAUUGACGGCAUCAUUAACAUCUUCGACAUCGCCACAGGGAAACUUUUGCACACACUGGAAGGUCACGCCAUGCCCAUCAGGUCUCUCACCUUUUCCCGGGACUCUCAGCUGCUGGUCACAGCCUCAGACGAUGGGUACAUCAAGAUUUAUGAUGUACAACAUGCCAGCCUGGCAGGAACCCUGAGUGGUCACGGAUCCUGGGUUCUGAGUGUGGCCUUCUCUCCUGACAACACUCACUUCGUCUCCAGCUCAUCUGACAAAAGUGUGAAGGUUUGGGACUCCAGCUCCAGGGCCUGCAUCAACACCUUCUUUGACCAUCAGGACCAGGUCUGGAGUGUCAAGUACAACAGUAAUGGCUCCAAGAUCAUCUCGGCUGGAAACGACCAGGCCAUCCACGUCUACGACUGCUCCAUGUGACCCCUGAGCUGUGUUUUCCUCUGAUCUCAACAGUCAAAUAAAAGAUUUUUCUUUUUAUAUUUCAGUGCUUCCUGUUCACUGUUCAGACCAAUCAAAUGUCUUAACCUGACAGGAUAUGCUUUUAACAGCACUUAAUCUGUGUGUUUGAAUUAACGUAUGGCUGAUGAUCACAUCCAUGAAAAUGCUGAUGUAUGGCUCCCUCUGAGAGUCUUGGCCUAAACACAGGCAACCUACCACCAGUUCUCACUGCACUGUCGCAUGUAUGUUGCAAGGUCGAUGUUAGCUGCAGCAUUCUAUCAUGCUGACAAGGGUCAGGCAGUCUGUCUUUAGUUGUAGUGUACUUUUAUUUAUGUAUUUGCAUCAUGUAAUACAGAUAUAAAUGUCAGAUACAAACAAUGAAAUCUUUUCAUGUUGUGUGUU